UACGUCAGUGGCUUGUGGUAAUUUUUAGGUUAGCAUCUGGUACAACGACGUCCAGUUGAAUUUAAGUCAGUAGCUUAACAGAUAAUGUAAACACCAAAGAGUAAAAACAAGACAUUUAAUAUUUCGAGCUUUAAAGUGACGUGUUCAAGUUUUAGGUUCCCACAACUAGAGACAACGAAUGUAGGGCUGAGAAUAACAACAAACUGGAAACGCUGUGAAGUAAACCAAGGUUACAUCAUGGCUGAUGACCCUCAGAGGAACUUUCGUUCUGCAUACUAUGAAAAAGUGGGUUUCAGAGGAGUGGAGGAGAAAAAAUCACUGGAAAUACUUCUCAAGGACAAUCCACUGGAUCUAGAAAAAUUGAGCACCUUCAGUCAGAGGUUUCCUCUCCCAUCAAUGUAUAGGAUUCAUGUUUGGAAGGUGCUGCUGGUCUCUGAUUGUCAUAUUCCUGCAGGUAUCCUCCCUCCACACAGUGACUCUCAUUCUUUGGUUGGAGGCUACAGGAAGGAGCAGUACCAGGACAUUGUGGAAGCUUUGGAGGUGAUGAGAUACAUCAACUCAUCUACGCCUUCCACCCACACCUACCUACGGAUGUUCCAGCUGGAAAGCCAGGUGCUCCCGCGAUGCUCCGAGACCUUACCGCCGAAUGAUGAGAAUGAAGACUUCCUGGCGAUCAGCAGAGCCAUGGAGGAGAUUGUUGAUGAUUCCAUUGACUGCUAUUGGCUGAUCAAGUGUUUCAUAAAUCAGUUCCACAUUAAGUUUGGAGACUCGCUUCCUCACCUCCCAAAGAGUCUGGAGCAUUAUCUGAGUCAGGAGGAACCUCGGCUGCUGAACCACCUUAGGAGCAUCGGGGCGCUGCCUCAGUUGCCGUACAGCCUGUGGUUCAAUCGCUGCUUCGCCGGCUGCCUGCCUGAAUCCAGCCUGCAGAGGGUUUGGGACAAAGUGAUCAGUGGCUCCUGUAAGAUCCUGGUUUUUGUCGCCCUGGAGAUACUGCUCAGCUAUAAGAUCAUUUUAAUGGGCAACACCCGGCCAGAGGGCGUGAUUAAGUUCCUAUGUAAUAUACCUCAGGAAAACACAGACGCUAUCGUCACUAAAGCCAUCGAUUUGUGGCAGAAAUACUGCGGCAACCCGAACCAUGCUGUGUAGCCAUGCAGACUCAGGACUGUAGCAGGAAUCCUGCCUCCUUCUACCAGGAGACCACAGCAUUCUGUCUGAUGGGAUAAUUUCUGCCAAACCUAACCCAAAACUCAUCAGGAACCUCUUUUGAUGAAUAUUCCAGAACAUUUUUCUGGAUGGAAUCUUCCAACUACGAACACGACAAACUGUAAUGGGACGGACAGUUAAGUUGGGAUGAAGACUGAAGAACUACCAAUUAUGGAUGUGGAUUUCUUUCUAAUUAAAAUCACAAACACAAA